AUGUAUAAAAUGGAAUAUUCUUACCUCAAUUCCUCUGCCUACGAGUCCUGUAUGGCUGGGAUGGACACUUCGAGCCUGGCUUCAGCUUAUGCUGACUUCAGUUCCUGCAGCCAAGCCAGUGGCUUUCAAUAUAACCCUAUAAGGACCACUUUUGGGGCCACCUCUGGCUGCCCAUCCCUCACUCCAGGAUCCUGCAGUCUCGGCUCUCUUAGGGACCACCAGAGCAGUCCAUACGCAGCAGUUCCUUACAAACUCUUCACCGACCACGGGGGCUUAAACGAGAAGAGGAAACAGCGGCGGAUCAGAACCACCUUCACCAGCGCCCAGCUCAAGGAACUGGAGAGGGUGUUCGCAGAGACUCAUUACCCUGAUAUAUACACCCGGGAGGAGCUGGCGCUGAAGAUAGACCUCACGGAGGCGCGGGUGCAGGUACGCGCGGGAU